AUGUCACGAUUCUUUCCCCACCCGGCGUACGCAGAGGACCAGCCCUACGCCAAGACAAUCCUCACCACGCACGUCCUCACCCGCGGUGUCACGACCGGCACCGUCAUUGGGGGCAUCUUGUUCGGCAGCACAGCCCUCGCCGCGCAGUUGCGAGCCCGGAAGACGACCAGCGUGCGUGUGCCAUCCACCGCGCCCGGGGCACAGCGCUUCCUCCGGGGCAUAGGCGUCUCCACGCUCUGGACCCUGGGCUUCGUCGGGGUGGGCAUGGUCGCCCGCAUGUGGGGCCGCGACGACAUCGAGUGGAGGGACCGGAGCUGGCGGCUGCUCGAGAACAAGGGCCAGCUAGAGUGCGACGAUUGGACCUACGCAGGCAUGGCCGUCGGGUUGGCCGCAUCCGCCGUCAUGCUAAGUAGGGGCCGCUUACCCCCGGGUGCGCUCGCGGGUGUUGGCGGCGCCAACAGCAGCGGUGCAGUCCGGGCCACAGAGAUGCUCGGCACAGUCAGCCUCGGCAGCUUUGCUGGCAUGCUCGGGUACAUGGGCUGGAGGUAUGGUGUACAUGGUGGCAAGUUUCCGUCGGACUGA